GCAGAUCUCCAGCCUCCUCUCACGCAGGACCUCGGACUCCCCCACACCUUUCUGGAGAGAGUUUGCUGACGGCUGCCACUUCUGCACAACCAGACUUCAACUACAGCCACAGAAGAUGAUGAUGAUGAUGGCCUCCUUCACAAGCAAGAUACUCUUAUUAUUCAUCAUCUCCAUGACUGUGCAAGAGGGUUGUGGACUCCCUGCAGCCGAGCGGCCAGAGCAGCCAGCUCAGACGCCGCCUCCUGUUCACAUCAGGACCAAACGCUGCUCCUGCAACAACUGGCAGGACAACGAGUGCUUCUACUUCUGCCACUUGGACGUUAUCUGGGUGAACACACCAAGUAAAAUCCUUCCGUAUGGGCUGGGAAACCCCCUGUCUCGCCGCCGCAGAUCAGCCGGCAGAUGCGAAUGUCUCAACCCCGCCGAUAAAAGCUGCCAUGGCUUCUGCCGUCAAAGCUCAGAGGAUUCAAGGCGGGAUGUCAUGGGAUCUUUGGCAGAAUCCACGAACAACAACAAACUGUUGGCGUUCCUCAGAUCUGUGGUCAAGUCCAACACGGUGACCGCAAAUCACAUCCAGCCGUUCAGACGGAGAGCAGAAGAUGUUUGAUCCUCCGGAUUCAUCUUCUGUUGACCACGAUCAUCCGGCUUCAUGCUUCCACCUCCAGAACCCAAGUUUCAAAAGACGUGGAAGGAAUGCAACCAUAAUGAAACAUGGAGGAACGACGGAUGAAUGAAGGAUGGAGGAGAUAAGAGUCCUCGAACUUUAAUUGACCCACUUGAAGACAGAAGAGUGGAACGUGACUGUAGGAAUAGCGGGGAGAAUCUUGAAAAUGGCUGGAUGGGAUGUGGCCUCCGCGACGAGGCCUUCAUGUGGCCGCUACGCUCAAAUGUAAACCUGCUUAGAGGAUCAAAGUGUUAUUACACAUGUAGCUGGAACUGAUUUAUCAGAAUACAUUCAGAUGUCAUUGCUGACUCGUCGUUUGCUUCAACGUUCCUCCGUACCAGAGCAGGAAUCUGCCCUCCUGCUAGAUGUUGGAGGCAAAUAGCAAACAGCCUUUCAGUUAUCAGGCAGCUUUUGAAAAUGGCAGCUUUUUCACGGGAAAAUGAACGUUACAUUACUGGGAUUUAUGAAAUAAGCAAUAACCUUCAAGGUUUUCCUGUCUGUUUUCAUAACAACGAUAGCGCAGUUGUACUGCAGGGAUGGUUCAAGGGCUUAUUGUUUGUUUCAUGUUUUGAUUGAAGAUAAGUGCAGAGGUUGUAAUGAUUUGCAAAUCCCAAACAAAUCAUGGAGCAGCUGUUUUUUUGUUGUGUUUUUUUAUUGCCACUGACAAGCGUCCAUUCAAUUCCUCUGUACUGAGUCAGAGGGAAACUCUUGAGUCAUGAACCUGGAAUCCGUUUGUUCUUCAGCGUCUCCACCUGCUCCAGCUGCUGGCUAAAUGUGGAGACUUUAAUGUUCAGCUGUUGUAAUGCUGAAAAAUAACCAUCCACACAUAUCCAAAUGCUGUAAAUCAUGAAAAGUUUACAAGCUUUUAAGUUUUCUGUUGAUACUAAAUGAUGACAGUUAUUGUAAAUGGAACAAUUUAUUUAUUCUCUAACUUAUUCAUAGAUGUAUUUAUAUUUCUAUAACAGAUGCACUGAAUUUUGUAUGUGAAAAUAAAAAGCUGAAUGUACA